GUUUCGGAGCGGAAAUUAUUAGGUCCGCGCACCGGCCAUUUUGUGUUUGACCGUCUUCUAGCGCACACUGUUCAACAAUGGCGGACGCUGCUCCUGCCGGUGGACGUGGCGGAUUUCGCGGAGGUUUUGGUUCUCGAGGCGGUGAUAGAGGCCGCGGGGGCCCACGUGGUCGUGGACGCGGUCGCGGACGCGGCCGUGGUCGCGGCAAGGAAGACCAGAAGGAAUGGGUGCCAGUAACAAAGUUGGGCCGUUUGGUUCGCGAUGGCAAAAUUGACAAGCUCGAGAACAUUUACUUGUUCUCCCUUCCCAUCAAAGAGUUCGAGAUCAUCGAUUUCUUCCUUGGCCCAUCCCUCAACGAUGAGGUCUUGAAGAUUAUGCCAGUACAGAAGCAGACGCGUGCCGGUCAGCGUACGCGCUUCAAGGCGUUCGUGGCCAUCGGAGACAACAACGGACACAUCGGGCUGGGCGUCAAGUGCAGCAAGGAAGUCGCCACUGCUAUUCGCGGAGCUAUCAUCCUUGCCAAGCUGUCGGUCCUGCCAGUCCGCAGAGGCUACUGGGGUAACAAGAUCGGAAAGCCCCAUACCGUCCCUUGCAAGGUUACCGGCAAGUGCGGUUCAGUCACCGUGAGGCUGAUCCCAGCACCCCGUGGUACGGGCAUUGUGUCUGCUCCCGUCCCCAAGAAGCUUCUCCAGAUGGCUGGUGUCCAGGACUGCUACACCUCGGCGCGUGGCUCCACCGGCACCCUUGGCAACUUCGCCAAGGCCACCUACGCCGCUAUUGCCAAGACCUACGCCUACCUCACCCCUGACUUGUGGCGCGACAUUCCUUUGACCAAGUCCCCCUACUCUGAAUUCAAGGUCUAGAUGGUGGUCGUUGAAUUUCAUGUUAUGAAAUAAUAUAACACAAUAACUUA